GGUUCCUUUAUUUUCCUCAACAGGCAGAAGCAUUUCGAAAUGGCAAGUGUGAAAAAAGAUCCGAUUCUUCAAGUAGAGACAACAUGUGGAUCUCUCCUAUACGAACUCCAGAUUAUUUGGGAUGAAGUUGGAGAAACGGAAACUGAUAGAGAUAAGAUGUUGCUUGAGCUUGAACGUGAGUGCUUGGAAGUAUACAGAAGAAAAGUUGACCAAGCUAAUCGAUGUAGAGCUCAGCUAAGACAAGCAAUAGCUGAUGCUGAAGCGGAACUAGCUGCUAUAUGUUCUGCAAUGGGAGAACGUCCUGUGCAUAUUAGACAACUUCAAGCACUUCAAAAGGAGAAGGUGAAGUUUGAUUUGAACUUAGCUUCUUCUUUUUUGGUUUGGUUACUCCAAACAUCUUCGUUUAUUUACUCUUUGUGGUGUUGUUUCACUCAGAGUGAUCGUGUGGAGACGAUUCGGAAGCACCUUUGUUCUCUGUAUUCUCAUUGUUCUGUACUUGGAAUGGACUUCAAUGAGGUUGUUGGCCAAGUGAAUCCCACAUUAAGUGAUCCAGAAGGGCCAAGAAGCUUAAGUGAUCACACGAUCGAGAAAUUGGGGGCUGCUGUUCAAAAGCUGAGGGAGGUUAAGAUACAGAGAAUGCAGAAGCUUCAAGAUCUUGCAACAACCAUGUUGGAGCUCUGGAAUUUGAUGGAUACACCCAUAGAAGAGCAGCAAGAGUAUCAGCAUAUCACCUGCAACAUAGCUGCAUCAGAACAUGAAAUAACCGAAGCCAAUAGUCUCUCUGAAGACUUCAUCAAAUACGUUGAGGCAGAAGUUGUCCGACUGGACGAGGUAAAGGCAAGCAAAAUGAAAGAGCUUGUCCUGAAGAAGAGAUCAGAGCUAGAGGACAUAUGUAGGAAGACCCACUUGUUACCAGUUUCAGACACCGCUAUAGAUCAGACUAUACUGGCGAUUGAAUCUGGUAUUGUGGAUGCCACGCUGGUCCUGGAGCAUCUGGAGCAACACAUUUCGAAGAUCAAAGAGGAAGCUUUAAGCAGAAAGGAGAUCCUAGAAAAGGUGGAGAAGUGGUUAUCUGCUUGCGAUGAAGAAAGCUGGCUUGAAGAAUACAACAGGGAUGAUAACCGAUACAAUGCUGGACGAGGAGCUCAUCUUACUCUCAAACGUGCUGAGAAAGCUCGUAACCUUGUUAACAAACUUCCAGGAAUGGUAGAAGCAUUAGCCUCGAAGACAAUAGUUUGGGAACAAGAGAAGGGAAUUGAAUUUCUCUAUGAUGGUAUCCGUUUGCUUUCUAUGCUUGAGGAGUAUAACAUUCUCAGACAGGAAAGAGAAGAAGAACACCGUCGUCAACGGGAUCACAAGAAGCUUCAAGGACAGCUCAUAGCAGAACAAGAGGCGCUUUACGGGUCAAAACCGAGCCCAUCGAAACCUCUGGGUGGUAAAAAGGCUCCGAGAAUGUCGACAGGUGGUGCAGCGACAACGAACCGUAGACUCUCCUUAGGAGCAGGAAUGCAUCAGACUCCUAAGCCUAACAAGAAACCAGAUCAACGCCACAACGAUGGAGCUUUAUCAACUGGAAGAAGAGGGCUUGAUAUUGCAGGACUUCACACGAGAAAACAGUCGAUGAAUCCUUGUGAACAGUUACAAUCUCCGUUAGUUCGCAAACCGUUCUCGCCCAUUUCGACCACUGUGGUUGCAUCAAAGGCCAACAUAGCUACAACAAUACAACAACAACUUCUCGCAACUCCUGUCAAGAACAACAACGGUGUGACGAAUUUGGAAGAAGAAAAGAUGAUGAUGAUGAUGAUGCAAACGCCGAAGAAUGUAUCUGCGAUGAUCCCAAUCCCAUCGACACCAGCAACAGUCUCUGUCCCGAUGCAAACCGCACCAACACCACUAAACAACAACAACAACAACGCAAGAUUGAUUCCAGAAAAGCCUGAGGUUGUUGAGUACUCGUUUGAGGAACGAAGACUCGCCUUUAUGCUACAACAAUCUAACUCGUUGAUCUAUGCUUGA